AAUCACAGUAUAAAGGUCUUCAUGAACACAACAGCAGGGAAAUUAUAUUAACCGUUCAGCAUUGAAGCCUGCUCGGCUGACAUCAUCGAGCAGUGUCAUGAUGGAGCCGCUGGGCGGCGCUGCUGCGAUCUGUUCACACACACACACACACUGCGGGAGUGAGUGGGCAUGUACAUGAGUGUGUGUUUAUGUGAGGCGCGUUCAGCACAGCAGACACAAACCCUACGCUGCAUGCAGCGCUGCCAGGAGAAUCCAUGUCCACUCAUGCCUGGAGCUCAUGAAUAAAGCGGCGAUGGAGCAUCGAGGAGAGAAACACGGCAACACGGAGAAAGACAAUCCUGCUGCGCCUUCAUGGAGCCAAAAUGGCGCCACGGAGGAAGAGUAUGGAUGUUCGGACGGUCCCGGUGAAGAGAUACGGGUCAAGAGCGGCUCACGGGCCGCAAAGCCAGCCGAAAAACAACCGCGACUGAACUUCCACAUCCCCCGGAAGAGCAGAGAAAAGAGAGCUCUAUUCCAGACUGUGUCUCCAGACUCCAGAGAAUUCUCAGACAUCCUGCAAAUCCUCACCUCCAGUUACAAGGACUCCUCUUCCACUGGGAUGUUCGUUUACUCCAAACCUCGCCUCGUCCACAGUGAACCCCUGGAGAAAGACUCUGCUUCCUGCUUUGUGAUGCUCAAAAGGUCUCUGUGGUGUGUGAGAAAGGUCUGUCUGUUGGCAGCAGCUGGAUGAGCAUGUUGGGGAAUCCAUCUAAAGGCGUUUACCUGUGUCAGUUCUCUGAUUUACUUCAAAUCAACCCGUUUGAGCCUGGAGCUGCAGGAGAGAUCAUCAUCUUCAAAGUGAUAAAGGGUCGGGUGAAGAGCGUGCACGACUGUAUAUCCCGAUAUCCAGAUAACCGCACGUCCAGAGGGAUUGAUCCCACACCUAAAUUUGACAGCCAUUUCUCCAAGAGCUCGACUCGCGUGACGUCCUCACAGUCACACAUGGCUUUUGAGUAUACGCAGCAAUACUUCUAUGAGUAUGUGGAUUUCGAGAUUUCUUCCAGGCCAAGGCAUGUGUGUCCGUAUGCUGUGGUCUCUUAUUACUUUAAAGGCAAAGAAGCUUCAACGGUCAUCCCUAAACCACUGCCUCCUUUCAGGUCCAACAGUCAGCCUGCUGGCACGAGUGUAGGCCGGCGCUGCUACACAGUUUGGCGUGGACAUUUUGUGAAUGGGGGAAAAGAUGUGUACCAGGCCUGCCUCCGGUCACUCUCUCAACCAUUUCUGCCCUACAAACUGCCAGAGAAGAUUGAGAUCGGGAAAGUGAUGAGGCUACAGCAGGUGAAGCAGAAAAUUCCAUCCUCCAUCUUCUCCUGGAACCUCUAUACGGGCAGCCAUGAAGUGUUUAAAGCUGGCAUGGUCUGCAGUCUGUUUGACGUGGUGGAGGAAGACAAAUCUCCGAAGAGUUUGAGGCUGUUGAUGCAGAAGCUGGAGGAGGAGGGUCUGGUGUUGGUGAAUAUGGUGAAGGACAGAGGGUUUCUCUUCUUGCUCUCUGCUGGUCAACUGGCCAAUUCUAGUGAGCGGCGAAAUGGCUGGAAAAUGUCCAGUAUGCAAGCACUUUUUAUUUACAGCGAGAAGCGCGGAACGUUAAAGAGCUCUUCAAAUCCUUCGGAGAGCUGCAAACCUGUGUCGUCGGAUCAUCACAGUUCCAUGAUGCCUCAGCAUGACUCCUUCAUCUCUGCUCUCCACUCCACUCUCAGCAAGUCUCGCAGUGACCCUCCUGCUGAACUUGGGACCACCGUAGAGCAGCAGGUUUACGACUACCUCACUAACCUUCGUGAAGGCAAGCCUGUACAGCGCAUUAGGACUGACUAUGAUCCCAAACUGGACGUCAGGGAAAAGCUGUUCCCUGCCCCCAGGCAGAAGACAAACUGGGAGAGCUUCAUGCGGCCCUACAUCUUCAACCCGGCCAAAUACACAAUGGUUCAAGAAAACGUGAAGAAAAAGGUGGAGGAGCUCCAGUUUCCGUCUGAGCCGAGCACGAGGAAAGCAGCCUCUCAAAAUGACCCAGUGAAAGUAAAAGAGCUACUGAAACUCAUUCAGAUGAACAGAAAGGACUCGCAGGGAGACACCGCAGGUCCAGAAGCUGUGGAGGACACCUGCACGCUCAAGAGGAAAGUGGAUCUGGACGACCAUGAAGAGAGCUCAAAACGCCACAGAAAUCAGUCCACUGCUGAAGAAGGUGAGAUGCAGACUUCCCCAUCCCUCACCACUGUCCUGAGCAGCGCUGGCCUUCAGGACACCGACCUGAGGAAGGACAAGAAUCAGGGUGCACUGAAAGUCAUUGAGAUGCUGGACAGUUUUGGAAAGACCAGCCUCGACACGGACCUGCGCAAAGACAAGGCCCAGGGGGUGCUAGAGGUCAUCAAGCUAAUAGACACUCUGACCAGAGGUGCCGCUCCGUCUUCUGAGGACACCGAGAUGAAGGACACUAUAGACGGAUCUGAUGCAGCGCUCUUCGACAGCAUGUCAAGACUCGGCCUUCCAACUGACCGGGACAUUGACCUGAGGAAACGAUUCAGGAGUGAACCCGAGAAGACUGACUCUCUUGAGGAGGAGACCGCUGGUAGCUUGAGUAGUUUAGAAGCAUUUAGCCCCUGUUCUGAUUCUGGAGGACAGCAGCGUGGCGUUAACCUGCUCGGAGAAAAGACCAUUCCAUGGGUACUAAUACCCAUCACAGGUCUGAAAACCGAGAGAUAUUCCCAAAGAAAGAAGGACUAUCCUGAAGACCCACGCUUCCUUCAGAGCCCCACGGUAUCGACACACAACACACCUGACAUUAAGGAUCUGUCUCCCACUUACCAGCCUGACAGCAGCAACACCGUAGCGGAUCUGGAUGUGCAAACUACGGCAGAGGUUGAGGACGAUGAGCCUGUAACCCCUUCAGUCAACACUUCGACUGAAGCUCCUGCAGAUGCAGCCGCAUCAUUGAUUGGUGUUGAUCACAUCGUCGAUGAGCUCAUCUCUGGAUUCUCCAGUGAGGUCGAGCAGAUCCUGAGGGGCAAUAACAUUUCUUAUGUGUCAUGCUUAAACAAUCAGAGCACACGAGAACCCCCUCAGGCUCCGGUUCCGCCUCUUUCUGAUUACAUUUCGAACUUUACCACUCCCUUUCCUGUCGGUACCUACGUCAGCUCUUUGCAUGAUAGCAUGAUGAGGUUCAUUCAUGGAAAUCAACACCAGGAAGCACAAGAAGAUGUGUCGUCUUCCUCUCAACCUACAGAAGAUCCUUCAGAAGUCCCUGAUACUUCCUCCAGCGUGUGUGCUUCCUCAUCCUCAACCACUAAACCCAGCAAAAGCUUCGAGCGCCACCUGACACCAUGUUUGCCUUCCAGUGCGCUCCCCGAGCCAGCAACUCAAGCACAGCGUCAGUCAGGUUUGGCUGAUGCCCACAAACUGCCCCAAAAGCUUUGGCCAUUAGAGCAGGACUCAGUGGCCCAGCAGAUUACCGAAGCAAGCACCAUGGAUGAUCGACACCGAGGCUCACAUGAGGUCAGUGGUAGUUCAGUUGCGGAGACUACGGAAGCUGAUGAGGGUCAAACGUCAUGCUCAGCUGUCCCUGCUGAAGACACCUCGGUGGACCACACGCAUUCGGCUAUCAGCAGCAUCAUCCAUCAGCUGCAGCCUGAGAUGAUCACUAACCUGGUGGAGAUCCUUAAAGGAGUGCAGAAGAACUCGGUUUACUUCUACAUCCAUUCCCUGGAGGAGGAGAGUGACGUCUGCUGGGAAAUAAAGGAAUACUUGAAGAAGCUGGGAGAUCUGGAGUGUGACCCUCAUGGCUUCCUUGAAAAAACCAGCACUCAGGAUAAACUACUGGUCAUCAUUCAGAACAUGGACAUCGCUGCACAGGUCCACAAGAUACCUUCAUUAGUUUCCUUGAAGAAGCAUCCGUCUGUGAGCUUUGCUGGUGUAGACAACCUGAGUGACAUCCAGAACCACACAUACAAUGAGCUCUUUCAGGCCGGAGGAUUUAUUGUGUCAGAUGAGGAUGUCCUGAAUCCGUCCGUCAUUACAGCAGAAAAACUUCAAGACAUCCUCGAGUGCAUUGAGCAGCUCAGUUCUCCUCAGAGCCCCUGGAGGUGGAGGGUUCACUUCAAAUCUCACAAGAAGCUGCGAGAGCAGAGCAGACUCAAAAGCGAGGCUCUGAAGCUGUACGAGAUCCUCCGCGAAUAUGAGAAGAGGCAUAUCGUUGAGAUUCUGUCGUACCAUGACUGUGACUCUCCAUCACACCGAGCACCUGACCUUGGUUGCCUUGUGGACCUGCAGGCACGAUUCAUCAAACAACGACAUCUGAUCUUUCUAACAGGCUUCCAGUUCGAGAUGUUCCCUCAUUACUCCAGCAGUGGAGUCGUCAUUGCUAAUGUUGAUGACGUAAAGUUUGUAAUAAGCUCUUUAGCCAGUGGAGAAAACGUGGACGACACUCCGUCUGCUGACCUGUACCCUGCUCCUGCUCCUGCUCCAGCGUCAUUGGGAGAGGAUAGCAUGUCUCUGGACUCCAACCAGGAUUCUUCAGAUAACACAGUAUCUGCCCCCGUAUCUCAGAUGACCAGCGCUCUUACAGACCAACAAGCUGACUUCCAUCCUUCUGUUCCUGAAGACACUCUUCCAAAUCAGGUGCACAGCAUUCCUGUGCACACGACAACCUCUGAGCCGCCAAACGCUCUGGACUUUAAAGCUCUCAGCGAAGCGAUUUCUCAAUUCAAGGCUUCCAAGAAGCUGACAAAGACUUCUGAAACUUCAUUUCAGGUGGACCCUCACCAGAGCUUCCUCGCUCACAGUGCUCUGCCAGAUUCCUAUUGUCUGAGCUCUCCAGAAAUCCACAGUCUGCCACAGACGCCAGCCUCGUACAGCUCAAAUCAAAUGAAGUCUGCGAACACUGAGACGAGCUCCUCUGCUGCAUCUCACGCUGAAGCCGGCUGUGAAGCAGACCAGCGAGGAGAAACAGCUGGCAGAAUCAAACCAGCCUCGUCUACGCUUGUGGCAAUCCCACCAGCCGAGAUAUCAGACAAUCCCGGAGAUUGGGAGCAACCCAACACUAAUGCUGAGAGCGGACACGAGCUGAGCAGCGCUCCAGAGACCUCAGCAGCGGACACCGCUCAAGCCUCCACCGCUUCAGUCAAGAACACAUACACAAGCGGCGGGUUCCUUCCCAGGCCCAGCACUUCCUCUUACGGCAUGGGUAGUUUUUAUCCAGCGCUGCAGCAGCAGGGUGGCUUGAUGCCAGCUCCACGAGCCUCCAUGGGUCUGAGCUACCCUAGAUUUGUAUCUAACAGCGGUGCUGUUGGACUCAGACAUCCUCUGGUGAACUGCACGCUCUCCAACAACAUAGGAGUCAUCCGAGCUCCAGUGCUGGGAGGAUUCUUGCCCGCUCAAAACGUGCAGAUGUCCUGGAACAACCUGGCCCAGCAUUCAGCGGCGGGCCUGUGGGGGGCUCGUUAUGGCAUGGACGUGCAGCAGAUGCACCGGGCCACCUUCAUCCAGAACUGGCAAGGCAAACCUUCAUUCCAGGGAGACGCUUAUCGUCCCAGUCGGGGAGGAUUUGGUGGCUGGUAAACUGGGCUGAACACUUUCAGGGUUGAAGCUGAACGUCUCGGUUUGUCUGUUGUAUGAUAGCGAUGGCGCAGUUCCAGGUUUCCACAUGUACAUGUAAAAAAGAAAACACAUUGAUUUCCUUUUUUCAGAGUGUUAUAUUUGUAUUUGGCAUGUUGGUUGGGUUGAAAAGGUUCUUUUUUUACCCCCUUAUGUAAAAAAGCUCAAGGCCUUGGUUUUAUUAUUAUUUUUAUAAAGCCGUAACAAACAUUAAACAACUUUAAACCCAG